AUGUGUGUAUUCUGCAUUGUUAGGCUCAAUCCUUACGACGUUCUACCCUGUGGUUCAUUGGAGGGCUAUGUUGAAGUGGUACCACACGCAGUGACCUUGGCUCGAGCUCGCAUUGAAGCUGAUCUCCUUUCUGAUCAGACGAGGUUACUUUCUAAUUCUGCUGGCAGUUGUCCACAUUUGUAUGCCCAGCAAGAAUUGGGCAGUGUUGAUAUGCACAAUUGCGAUCCAUACAAGCGGCGCUGGGCAUGGAUGUAUUUUCGUUUACACAAAAAGCGGCUCAUUAAUAGCAUCGUUGAUAUAUCCAAUAUGCUUCCAAAGUCAGCGAAAAUUAUAGAUCAGCCUGGUAGUAUCGAUACUGGCGAAGCUGAUGAAGUGAAUAAGCAGCAACCUGAGUCUCGGCUGCACUUUGCCGGAGUCAAGGCGAGUCUUAGAUUCAAACGGCGUUCAAGUAAUCCACAAAUUCUGUGCAGGUACAAGCGUCGCUCAGACCAGUUCUUGUUACCAUGCGCAACUCAUCCUACCUUCGACGAGCCUCAACAGGGUCAAUCAGUCAGCUUCUUAUAUAAUUGGCUCGCUAGCAAAAAUAGGAAUAUCGACUCAAUGGCCCAGGCAAGCGAGCGGUUUGCGCGCUCUUGUGGUGCUUACUGUGUUGCCACAUUUUUGCUGGGCAUCGGAGAUCGACAUAGCGACAACUUGAUGAUUACAGAGGAUGGACAUGUAAGGCUAAUACUUGUCUUUGCGAAUGCGGCUUUGUGA